GCUUUUACGUGUUCGGCUACUUCGAGCCGACUGACAACGACUUCAAAGUCGAGGGGCUUCAGCACGAGAUUGAGUGCAUCAACAGCCCAGAGCUCAUCAUAUACAUCGAGGCGAUCACGCCAGCAGAUCUUCACGGACUGGAAGUUUUUCAUGAACUUCAUUUCCACAUGUUUUUUACAAGCGCCGCCAUGGCGCACCAACAGCAAAACAGCGGACAGCAUGGCAACCUCAACUUAGAAGAGUUCACGAAGUACGUGCCGCCAGGAUGGCGGCCCCACAUCAAGGGAUAUACAUUUCGGCGAUAUCAACAGAAGCUAAAGCUGUGGUGGAGGAUCACUGACGAGAACACCUACGAGAGAAUCGGGCCCCUCAUGGUCAGCAGAUUGCAGGGGACCCCCUUCACCGCAGCCAUGUCGUUCACGAUCAUCAAAGAUGGCAUCCACUAUCGCGGUGAUGAAGCAGUGGCACUUCCUCCUGUGCCAGAGGACCCAGCAGCAGGCGUCGAGGCUCAGCUGCCAGGCAUCAAGAUCUUCCUGAAUCAGCAGAAGGCGAUCUAUGAGCUGCACGAUCAAGAUAGAGAUGCGUGUGAAGAAGGAGGCCUGGUCAUGCACGACGUCGGCAAGCCACAUUUUCUUCUCAAGAACUGCGGAAUGCAGGACAAAAGGUUAGACGAUCUUAAGCUUCACGUGGCAGGAGAUUUGAAUCAAUAUCGUACUCUGAUGCAGCUCAUGAUGCGCCUCGGAAAGCAGGACCAGGUGAAUUCGCAUCAUGAGUGGGCCUGGUACAAUGACGGAGAUGAGGAUGACGAGGGCGACUGGUAUGAGGCCUACUACGACGAUAUGUACGAGUGGGGCUACGAUCAGGACUACGGUUGGACGGCCACCUAUGACGGAGAAUGGUACUUUCAAGAAUAUGAAGAUGUCUGGGCCAAGUACGACGGUGACGGCAACCUGACAGAGUAUUAUUACGGAGACGAAGAAUCACAGGAGACUUACUACAGCAAAGGAAAAGGACGAGGCCGCCGCAUAGGUAAAACCAAAGGCAAGGGCGACCGCCAGAAGUUCAGCAAGGACAAAAGCAAAGGUGUGGACCAACCGACGCUCACACUGGCUCAGAAGCUGGCAAAACAGUACGCCCUGGUUGCGAUGUUCAAUGGUUGGAGCGAUGGACGCCAGGAGCCAGAUGUCGCCACGCAGGACCAGGAGUUCUACGACAGAUGGAGAAGCUUUGGCAGCACGCGAUACAUUGAGGACGAGUGGCCGAACAACUUCGAGCACACCGAUUGUCAUCGGAUGGCGAAGGAAUACGAGAUCAUGACGGAGAAGUUCUAUUCCACUUCGAGACUGCCG